AUGUCACUUUGUCAAUUCGUGUCAUCAAUCAGUGAUUGUAGGAUCACCCAAGCUUUAAUAUAUGGUGUUUUGUUUGUUGGUGUUUACAAAAUUACCACAUUCACUUUAAGUGUUGGUUCGUUAUUAGUGGAUCUUUUUGUCUUGCCAGCAGUCGAUUUUAAGAAGUAUGGAGCUAAACAAGGCAAGUGGGCGGUUGUUACUGGUGCGUCCGAUGGAAUUGGUAAGGAAUAUGCUUAUCAAUUGGCCUCUAGAGGCUUGAACGUUGUUUUAAUUUCAAGAACUCUCUCGAAAUUGGAAUUAAUUGCUACUGAAAUUGAAACUAAAUACAAGGUAAGCACCGAAGUCAUUGCAUUCGAUGCUUCCACCGAUAAUGAUGCCAACUACGCUAAGAUCUUGCACACCGUGUCCAACUUGCCUGUCACCGUGUUGGUUAAUAAUGUCGGCCAGUCCCACUCCAUCCCAGUGCCAUUCUUGGAAACCGAAGAUAAGGAAUUGAGAGACAUCAUUACCAUCAAUAACACAGUCACUUUGAAAAUCACCCAGGCCGUGGCCCCUGUUAUCGCAGACACCGUCGCCAAGGAAAAUAAAAAGGUCAAGGGCUUAAUCUUAACCAUGGGCUCGUUCGGUGGGUUGUUGCCAACCCCGUACUUGGCUACAUACUCCGGUUCAAAGUCCUUCUUACAAGCCUGGUCCUCGGCCUUGGCCGGUGAAUUGAAGCCUCAAGGUAUCGACGUCCAAUUGGUCAUCUCGUACUUGGUCACCUCCGCCAUGUCCAAGAUCAGACGCUCUUCGGCAUCCAUUCCAAACCCAAAGAACUUCGUCACCUCCGUAUUGAACACUGCUGGUCGUCGUUGUGGUGCCCAAGAAAGAUUUGCCACCACUACUCCCUACUGGACCCAUGCAUUGAUGCACUUUGGGAUCGAAAAUACUGUGGGUGUCUACUCAAAAUUCGCCAACUCCUUGAACUUUAGCAUGCAUAAAAGUAUCCGUGUCAGAGCUUUGAAGAAAGCUGCUCGUGCAAACGCUACAAAGACCGAUUAG